CAAUAAAUGAUGCUUAUAUAAAUACUCCGUGACGCUAAAACCGGUCAGUGUGAGUCUGACAUUCGAGAGACGCAGGCCACAAACAUGAAGACAAUCAUUUGUUUGUUUACUAUCGCCAUCGCGGCAAUGGCAGCCGUCACAAAUCUCUCUAAUGUGCUCAAAAAUGGAAACGAUAACUUCACAGCCAGAAUGUUUACCGAAGUAGUGAAAAAUAAUCCAGGGAAAAGCGUUGUCCUCUCGGCAUUUUCGGUGCUGCCUCCUCUCGCUCAGUUAGCUUUAGCUUCUGAUGGUGAAACCCAUGAAGAGCUUUUGAAAGCUAUCGGCUUCCCUGACGACGAUGCUAUACGAACAGAAUUCGCGAGUAAAAGCCGUGACCUUCGGUCAAUUAAAGGCGUUGAGCUUAAAAUGGCGAAUAAAGUAUACGUUCAUGAUGGUGGAAAACUAGACGAGAACUUUGCAGUCGUUUCCAGGGACGUCUUCAAUUCGGACGUCCAAAACAUUGAUUUCUCGAAGAAUACAGUCGCAGCUAAGUCUAUUAACGAUUGGGUAGAAGAAAAUACCAAUAACCGCAUUAAGGAUUUAGUUAAUCCGGACUCGCUCAGCUCAGCCACAGCGGCUGUUCUCGUCAACGCCAUCUAUUUCAAGGGAGCAUGGAGUUCUAAAUUUGACGAGCGACUGACCAGUGACCGUGACUUCUACGUGAGCAAAGACAAAACAAUCAAAGUACCCAUGAUGUAUAAACGCGGCGAUUAUAAAUAUGGAGAGAGCGCAGCACUUAAUGCUCAACUAAUUGAAAUACCUUACAAGGGCGAUCAAUCGUCGCUGAUCGUAGUGUUACCAAAAGACAAGGAUGGCAUUACACAACUUCAAGAAGCACUAAAAGACCCUAAGACGUUGGAAACGGCUCAGCAAAGCAUGUAUAGCACCGAAGUCGAUUUGUAUCUUCCCAAAUUCAAAAUUGAAACGGAGACGAAUCUCAAAGAUGUUUUAAGCAAUAUGAACGUUAAUAAAAUAUUCAACAACGAUGCUCAAAUUACGCGCCUUCUAAAAGGAGAAAGCCUUUCUGUAAGUGAGGCUAUUCAAAAAGCGUUCAUUGAAAUCAACGAGGAAGGCGCUGAAGCUGCUGCAGCUAACGAAAUACGCUUCGGACUCAGGGCCGGAUUUGACUCGGGUGAAGUGUUCUACGCCGAUCGCCCAUUUUUCUUUGCAAUGAUAUGUAGAAAAGUCAUUAUAUACGAAGGGAUAUUCAAGCCGACGUAAUUAAACUCGUUAAUGUUGUGAAGUAUAUUAAUUAUUUCAACAACAAUAAUACAGCGGAUCACGAGGUUUUUAUAGAAGACCCAAUACAAGUAUUUGAUUCAAUAAAUAGAUUCUUAUUAUUA